UUUUCUGAUUUAUCUCAUUGUAUAAGGCUCAAUGCGUGCUGUGCAUUAGAGUAAUUAAGGUUUCUAAGAAGUUUUCAUUAAAUUAUGAGGCGUCUAUUGCGCGUUUCCACGAAACAGUGCGCGUAAUCGCCGAUAACGGACGUUCCCUACCUUACCUAAAAACAUGUUGACAUUCACUUCUAAAUGUCAGGUGUCAGUGUCAUACGCGAGUCAGGCAGGUGGUGUAGUUUACAGGUAAAAAACGUUUCCUAUACGAAGCUUGAUUUUUCAGAAACUUUUUAAGAUAUAGAAAAUCUUCAAUCAAAAAAUUCUAAAGUAACUUGCGGUUUUAUUUAAAAAUGAAUUCAGCUUGAUUUUUAUUGAAAAACUUAAAUUGUUAACAUCAUUUUGAAAAAAAGUUCAUUUUUUUUACUAUAAUUUACAAUAUGUUGUUCACCCUAGUAAAAAUCAAAAGCCCUUUGUUCGACUACCGAAAAGUAAUAUAAACUGCGAUUCAGUCUUCAACGUUUCAGACUCCGAAAGUAAGAAACGCUAUUCCGGCGUCAUUUCAUUUCGGAGUCGGGAAAACCGCGGAAUGUGGGAUAGUCCCGUUCGCCGAGCGUUCGUGCGACUGUACGACUAUACGCUAGCAACAUGCAGUUAUAAAGCGCAUACAGUGUAUAUACGUGCAUAUGAAUGGUAUACGUCGAUUUAUUGAGUUGGUGCGGGUCAUUGGGAGUUUGAUGGAACAUGGAAACUAUACAUAUCAUGAAACUUUGAGUGUUAAGUGAAACUGAAGAGAAAGUGUUUAUUCUAUUGAUCCAAAAAAUGCUUGUACACUUUUGUACAUAUUUAUUCUGCCAGAAGUAUAUCUAUACCUCAAGUUAAAAGCAUCUAAUGCAAACUGAAUGCAAAUUAAACUGUGAAAGACAAUUAGAUGCAGUUAUAUUGAGACAAAGUAUUAAUAGAUCAUUACAAUGGUUAAAAAACGUGGAGCUGUUUGGAAUUAUUUUACAAAAAAGAUUCAUGGAUCACAAAUAAUAGCUUUUUGCAAAUUUUGUGACCAAUCGUACAUUCAAAAUGCAACUCGCAUGGAAAAACACAUUGAACGCUGCGUCAAGUGUCCAGAAAAUAUUAGAAGAGACUUUAUGAAAUUAGUGAGCAACAAAAGAGCAAAGUCUAUGAUUUCUUUAAAACUUGCAGAAAAUUGGUCUAAUCAGCCACGUACGCUACAAAGUGAUGUAUCUAAUGAAAACUUUGAAAGUUCAAGAGAGUGGCCUUUUAGAGAAGAAUACAGUCAUACGAUUCCAGACAAUAAUACCAGUAAUAGUGAUAAUGUUGAUCUCAAAAACUGGCACAAUAAGUUACAAAUAAGUUCAGUUCAGCCUGUAGAAACUAUGGUAAAUAGAGAAUGGGACCCACUUAAUAAUACCAAGGAUAAUGAGCAAGUUACUACAGAUGAAAAUGACGAAGAAGCUGAAGAAUCCAAUCUUUCUGAUAAAAAUCAUCAUAGCAUUAACAGUUUACAACCACCAGUAUCAUUGCCACAUACAUUGACAGAUUAUGAUUUAGAGAAACAAAUUUUGUAUGAACAAUACUUAGAAAGACGUGCAUUUAGACAGACUGCAGAAUUGGAACUGCAAAGAAAAACCUUAGAAUUUGAGAGAUUCCAGUGGCAGUAUCACAUAGAGAAAACACAAUCUGAAAUGCGCUGGGCACAUGAGUGUCGCAUGAUGCAACUUAAAGAAGAACAACUGAAUCAACUUAUCAAACAAAGUCAUAAGACAACUAUGAAAUGAUCAUCUAAUAAAAUGUAAAUAAGAAAAAUUUUAUUAAAAAAAUGUUAUUUGGAACUGUCGAUUUUGUAAAUAAUAGAUCAAGCCUUUAACUUUUUUUUAUAGUUCAUUUAGAACUUAACUAAACUGAUGGUAAAACCAAAAAUUUUAGUGCGAUUCAUGAUGAAUAAUAUGAAAUGCUCAUAAAUUUGUAAAACAAAGAAAAAACAAAUGUAUCAAUUACAAAAAAUGAUAUUAUUGUGAUAAUGUAAAAAUAAUUUAAUUUUUUACAUAAAAGCUUGUAAUUAUAAAAAUAAAAAGGUAAAUAAAAACGA